AUGGGAAUCACGAGGAGAGGAGGAUAUAAUCCCUUCGGAAUUCAAUUUUUGGUAGUAUUCUUAAUAAUUACGAUUUAUGUUACCUCGACUUGGAAGGAAACAGUUUUCUGCAGAGAACAAGUUAAUUACCCUGCCCAGCAACAUCAAAAGCUUGUGGAAAGUUUGUUGAAUAUUGUAACCUCUCCCAGAGAGAGAAACAUAUCGGAGACAUUUUCCCUCUUGUCUCACAAUUAUUAUUUAAAGGUUUACGGUUCUGUGAAGGAUUCAUCAAUUAGCUUUUCAGGCUCGUACAAAGGACCAAAAGCUUGGGAAUUGUUUUACAAACAGUUGAGUAAGGUUUUCAAUUUGAAUAAGUAUGAAUUUAAGGAAUACACAUUCAUGGCUGGUCCUACUGGUCAAGUGAAUCAAUCGAGCGUUGUUCAGUUAUACGAUAUUCAUCAUACAAUUUAUCAGAGCCUUAAGGUUUCAAUAAGUGAGAUGAUUUAUUUCGAAAGUGAUCCUCUCAAUAAUGUAAUCACUGAAACUCAUUUGUUUUGUGACACCAAUCACUUGGCAAACGUUCUUUCAGUUGACAGUGGAAAGACAGACACUGAAACUUUCUUUGUUGUUGGAGCUGGAUUAAUUGGCAUGCUAAUCGGAUCAGGUAGGUCAAUUUCACGUAUUUUAUUUCCUAACUGGAUCUAUUAUUGCUUUAAAUGA